AUGGCUGUUCCUUCUUCUAACUCUCGAGAUCAACUCCCUGGUCUGGGUGACUUGACAUUACAGACGAUGUUAUGGAUGUUGGCCAUUGGAUGGGGAGCGUACCUCAUAGGGCUGGGAGUCUACCGACUUUAUAUCCACCCUCUUGCCAAUGUUCCUGGACCGAAGAUAGCAGCCAUCACGCAGUGGUACGAAUUAUACUACGACGUCUGGCAGAGCGGACAAUAUUUCCUCAAGGUUGAGGAAUUCCACAAACAGUAUGGUACGGUACGUCUCUAUCAUAUAAACUGGGCCGCAAUGCUGAGUCUCAUCAAAGGACCAAUUGUCCGGAUAAAACCAAAUGAGGUGCACUGCAACGAUCCCGAGUUUGUCGACGUGCUGUUCGCCGGCCCUCUCCAGAAGCGGGAUAAGGAUCCAUGGCUCCCCAGAUCGGUGGCAGUUCCACUAGCAACUGCUGGCACAAUCCCACACGAUCUUCACCGCAGUCGACGGGCACCUCUUAAUCCCUAUUUCUCCAAACAAAGUGUUCGAAAACGAGAAUACAUUUUUCAGGAAAUCCUGAAGAAGCUUCUGAGGCGAUUUGAAGAGCACCGAGAGACUGGAGCCGUGCUCACACUGAACGAGGCCAUUGCAGCGGCGGCGACGGAUAUUGUCGCAAGCUUCUGUUUUGGAAGGUCCACCGACUGUACAGACAGGAAGGAUUUCAGCAGUCCUUUUUUCCAGGCUCUGGAUAAAAGCUUUAAGCUAGCACAUAUCAUGGCGAAUUUUGGAUUGGCUCGGGCUUUUAUGACAUUUCAACCCCCCCAGCUUGUGGCCUGGAUGACACCUGCGCUGGCGCCGCUUUUUGAAUUACAUCAAGUGAGUUUUUCCACCGAAAUCUGGUCUUCUUUCAUGUUCAUCAUCAUCUUCUUUUUUGGGAAAGGAAUACUGACUGCAUCUCAGCAAUGGAACAGCCAGAUACGCAACGCAAAAGCACCAACCGAGAAACACGAAACUACAAUAUUCAACGCGAUCAUGGAAGCCAAACUGCCUCCGUUCGAAAAAUCAUUCCAGAGGCUACACCAAGAAGCCAAAUUGAUCGUCCUCGCAGGCUUCUCCACCACUGGUGAAUAUCCGCCCCUCUACAAUCCUAGCAGCAGCAUUUUUACUAACCAGAUCUUCCCAGCGUCAACCGUAUCUCCGUUAAUAUAUGAACUACUUGCCAACCCAGACAAACUGAACAAGCUAAGGACGGAGCUUCUUCAAGCCCUCCCCAACCCAGACAGUGCUAUGAGUCUCUCGGAGCUUGAAAAACUACCCUACCUCUCUGCGGUGAUCCAAGAAGGAAUCCGAAUGCACCCUGGUGGCAUUCUCCGCAUGCAGAGGAUAUCACCCGAUAAGCCUCUCAGCUAUACCGAUCCUUGCACCGGCACCACCACGACCUUUCCACCCGGCACCUCAAUCAGCAUGGACGCGCUGUCCGUCAACAUGAAUCCCGACUUAUUUCCGAAUCCAAGCGAUUUCGUUCCGGAGAGAUGGCUCGAAAGUCCACAGCUCAGUCGCUACUUACUUUCAUUUUCCAAGGGAACGAGAAUCUGUCUUGGAAUCAACGUUGCGCACUGUAUGCUCUACUACUUCGUUGCGGGUAUCUUCCGAAACUAUGGCCUUCCUACAGAAAAAGACGAUCCGGCUUCGUCGAUUGAACUCUAUGAAACAGAGCGCAAGAGGGAUGUUGAUGUUGCAUCUGAAUUCAUAAUUCCUGCUGUGAGAAAAGAAAGCAAAGGGAUUAGAGUCCUACUUCGAUAG